CAAACAAAUUCCAAGUGGACAACCGAAGAACCCACACAAACUAACUCUCUCUUUCCUAAUCCACAUACUUGCAUUUAUAUAUAUAAAAUAUCUGUCCUAAUAUAGUUAAGAUAUAUACAUGUAAAUAUCUCUCAUUAAUACAACAUUACAACCUCACGAAGAAACCCAUUUGUUUUCUUAGAGAGAGCCAAGAAUAUUAAAGGAGAUAUCGAAAAAAGAUUUGCUUUAAAAAUGCCAUCGUCGAUACAGUUUCAGAGAUCCUCCACCGCCGCAGAAGCAGCCAACGCCACCGUAAGAAACUAUCACCACCACCACAACAAACAGGUUCAAAAAGUGAGCCUCACGCGCGGGAUGGCUGAUGUACCGGAGCACGUGGAGCUUUCUCACACGCACGUGGUUGGUCCUUCUCAGUGCUUCUCCGUCGUGGUGCAAGACGUGGAGGCUCCGGCUUCCGCCGUCUGGUCGAUCCUAAGCCGCUUCGAACACCCUCAAGCGUACAAACACUUCGUGAAAAGCUGCCACGUGGCUAUCGGAGACGGUCGAGAGAUUGGGUCGGUGAGGGAGGUCCGAGUCGUCUCGGGUCUCCCUGCGGCGUUUAGCUUAGAGCGGCUUGAGAUCAUGGACGAUGAACACCAUGUCAUCAGUUUCAGCGUCGUUGGUGGGGACCACAGACUUAUGAACUACAAGUCGGUGACGACGGUGCAUGAGUCCGAGUCGUCCGACGACGGUAAGAAGAGGACACGUGUCGUCGAGUCAUACGUUGUUGACGUACCGGCGGGUAACGACAAGGAAGAGACUUGUAGCUUCGCGGAUACCAUUGUACGGUGCAACUUGCAAUCGCUGGCUAAACUCGCCGAGAACACGUCUAAAUUCUCGUAAUUACAUUUUUUUCAAUCUUUUUAUUUUUAUUAUAUUUUCUAUUUUCUCUCUUUCAAAAUUUAUCUUUUAUUUUUGGGAUUCUCGAGGUGGUUUUGGAUUUUAAGAUUUAAGUAUUUAACAAUCAAUCGUAGGCGAUUUUCGAAACUAAAAAAAAAAAAAAAAAUUAGAAAAACAAGAUGGUUUUGGUUUUUCGAAGUUAGGGUUUUUAGGGUCUGUUAAAUGUAUGUCUCAACGAUACUUUGGGUUUACCCUUAAAACCAUUUCUUCUUGAACGCUUGUAUAGUUCUCGUGGCUUUAUAUAAACAUUGAUUGUUUAGUUAUUUUCA